AUGCCGCGGGCCGCGCAUCCCCGGCCGGCAGGGGCACGCCCGCCCGGGCCGGAGUCCACCCGCGGCCGGGGUCCGCGCUGGGUCCGUCCGGGGCCGGGAGCUGUCUGCAGCCGGGAUCUAUUCCGGGCCAAGCCGCCGGCCCGGCCCGGAAGAGCCUGGGCCGGGCCCCGGGUGGCCACUGUUCUCGUCUCGUUUCUCGAUCUUGGGAAACUCUCGGGUCAGGGGCCUACGCGCCCGACCCGACCUGCGGGAGUGGAAGCUGAACUUACGCGCGGCGGGGCGCACCGCUCCGGGGACCCGGCGCCGGGACUGUCUGCGGGUUCCCGCCGCCCGCACGUCCUCCCCGGGCCGGGCCCGAGGCCGGAGCCGCCCGCCCCGCGUCCCCCGCGCAUUCCAGCCGCGCCACUGCCCGGACGCGGCAGGGGACAGACGACGCGGCGGGCCCGCGCCGGCCCCCAGGGCCCCCACCCCCGGAAGGAGAGGGAACCGCUGCUCAGAAGCGGGCCGGGCCAGCGGUGGGAGAGGGCCCCAGGGAAGAGCGUCCCCGCCUGCGCGGGGCGCGUGCUGAGCCGAGGGGUUUCGAGAGUGGCCCCGGGGCAGCUGCCGGGGGGAGAACCGGGGGUCGCAGCCGCUCGCUCCGCAGGAUGGUCCUCACUGGGAGGUAACUUCAAGCCGGGUAACUUCAAGCCAGAGUUCAAGACUCGGAAGUUAGUUCAGGCGUUGGAACUCGAUUGCAGAGUGUCUUGGGCGACCUCACGUCGCCCGAGGCGGGGUGGACAGACCCAGGGCGAGGCCCUUCAGCGCUUUGCACUUCUAGAAAGUCUAAAGAAGCUCGGCAGAAACUGUGGGCCCCGAAGGCCGGUUGUCGGUCACGUGAUGCAACUUGUCCGAGGGGUGUGUCCCCCACACCCCCAACACACUCCCAGCACACCUUACACGCAGUCAGGACUCCAGGUUUUGCUCAGCGGCUCCAGUGACUCGCCCAGAUCAGAUCGUCAGCUUUCGUCCAGGUUUUCAUCCAAGUUUAUCUUCACCUCCUGUUUGUCUUGUGAGCUGAGAAGAGAAGGUGUUUUCCACAGGCUGGCAACCCCCUAAAGUGGCAGCAGCCCGUCUGUGCUGGUGACUGAGGGGCUGACCAUGGGGUCUGCAAGAGGUACCAGAGGGUGGAGGUGGGAGGCUGGGCCGAGUAUCCCCCGCCCCCCCACCACAAAGCCCCACUGAGGCCUCCCGCCUCUGUGCCCUUUCCCGCUCUGCGGCUGGGCCGGGCAGCCUCUCUGCCACCAGAGCGCAGGAGCUUUUAGGAAGUCAAGUCACCCAGUCACAGCCGACUCUUUGCAGCUUCUCUAGCCAAGAGUACUGGAGUGGGGUGCCAUUUCUUUCUCCACGGGAUCUUCCAGACCCAGGCAUUGAACCUGGGUCUCCCACAUUGCGGGCAGACUCUUUACCCUCUGAGCCACCAGGGACGCCCAGGAGCUUUUAUGCAUCCAGCCAAAUCUUUCCUGGGAGCAAUCAGGUCUUGGUUUCCCUGUUGCCUAGGAGAUCUAACUUCGCGAGGCAGCCCUUCAGCUGUGCCAGACACUCUGGUCACUGAAGAGAAGGAAGCAUUUUCCUGUCAGCGAUGUUUGUUUAAAGAGACCUGGAACUAGAGAAUAAACAUAGCAACUGCCCAGAACUUACUAAUCAUUACAGAAAUUCUGAGUAAAGCACAGUGAGCUGCCACUUUUUAAUCCAUUGUUUUGAUACAGAUUUUUAAAAAUCUAUUAAGAAAAAUUAUCCAAAAUCUGAAAAUGAGACCAGAAAAACAGUGAUCCUUUCAACGUCCUAUCAAAGGAUAUUUUUCAAGCCCAAGGAUUACUUCCUUUUCUAGUUGAAUGUACUGUUGUUUGACGCUGCGAUUUACUAUUAAUGAAAGGCAUACCAACCUGCAGAUUUGUGCACAGAAGAGAUGCAAAUAAUUUUUGUCCCAAAGGAGAGUUAACGUCAAAGGUUAUAAUGUACUGCCCUAUAAGACACUGACCAUUUUUAUAUCUAGCCUUGCAAUCUUACUUUAAUAUAAUCUGACUCUACAAAUCCAUUUCCACAAAUGGUCUUUGAAUCAGCUUUUUCAUCUUAUAAACGUCCUCAAAAAUUAAUGAGGUGAAUAAGCUUUUGGCUCCUGUGCAUGCCAUAUUUGUAGAAAGAUAUGAGAGUCGUGUUUAACUUGGAAACUUAUACUUGGGAAAGUCUGACAAGAACGGGAGUUUUUGCCAGGUUAUGGAGAGAUAUGUACCCUCCUUGAGUACUGAUUUGGGGCAGCCCCUUUGGAAAGGGCUCUUUGGAAGGCAGUUUGGCAGUUGUUAAAACUGAAGACGGUGCAGUGCUGAUGAUCCAACAGGUCCUCGUUUAGAGUCAAUCCAGAGAAACAUUCCCACGUGAGCACUAAGGGAAAUGUGCAGUGGUUGCCGCGGUGAGAACGUGGAAUGACCUUCCACCACAUACAGUGGUAGGUGCGUGUGGAGAACACUACGCAGCCGCAGAAAACGCGUCGGUCCUAAAGAAAGCGAGGGCUGCUGCAGUGAUUCAAAGGACAUGGAAGCAUCCGUCUAAGCAGAUUCUCUCUCAGCCGCUUCUCCGCUGUCACUGCAGACGCCAGGCUGGCCGGGCUGUAGUCAACCAGCGUGUCCAGUGUCUCAGUUCCUGACUCUAAAGGAAGGCAGGGCUGCAAGUGACCGAGGCUCGCGCGGGCAUGAAUUCUCUUUAAAUCUGUCAUCUUCUCCAUGAGUUCCUUCUCAUCCCCAUCACUCCUGAGGAAUCCUGACCCUAUUCCUGUCGACCUCAUCUCUGUGGGUUCUUGCCAUCCUGAAUACCAUUCCAGGAGGCCCCUUUUCAGAGGAUGGAAUUUGUCACCUAAGGCCUGAGUAACAGACUGCUGAAGCUGAAACUCCAAUACUUUGGCCACCUGAUGCGAAGAACUGACUCAUUGGAAAAGACCCUGAUGCUGGGAAAGAUUGGAGGUGGGAAGAGAAGGGGCGGCAGCGGAUGAAAUGGUCCGAUGCCAUCACUGACUCAGUGGACACGAAUCUGAGCAAACUCCGGGAGACGGUGCAGGACAGGGAACCGUGGCAUGCUGCAGUCCCUGGGGUCGCACAGAGCUGGACGCCUCUCAGAGAUGGAACGACAGCAGUGGCAGACUUCUCUGCUGCAGCUGAGGUGCGUGCAUAAGCUCAAGUCACCGUUUUUUUUAACAUGACACCGAGAAAAAUGAAAGGAAAACCUGACAGUUUAAGACUGUUAGCCUUCGUCACAGCACUGAAUAACCCCAGUGGGAAGGGCUGCUGGAGUUCCAUACUCUUCCGUUGCUCCCAUUCAGUAAAUAAUGAUCAUUUGACAGUGAAA